AAAUAAUGAUAAUGAAUAAAUAAAACGUACUAGUGUGAGGUUAGCGUGUCGUGUCGUGUAACGUAGCAGAACACUCGCUACUCACCAAUCGCAAACAAACAUAUCCUUCAGGGCUUUUGACUGUUGACUUAUCCCCCUCCACUACACAUCCUGCCCCGCCAGCAGCGCACGGAGCGAUAAGGGAAGGCAAGCAAGACAAACAACACGAGGAAACUGGACCACUGUAACAACAACCCGUGGAUCGUCACUCUAAGGACUCUCGGGUACAAGGCAGACAGUCCGUGUAUUGGUUACCUCCUUGUGUUCGCUGUGGUCUUGUGCGUCUCGAGUUCAGAGUUCAGAACGAGUGACCUGACGUGGGAGGCGGGGACCGGACGAGGGGCAGAGACAGCGCAACCUCCGGAGAUAGACAAACCAACAACCAACCCAUUCCCAGAGAGACCAGAGCACAGACAGACACACACCGAGGGAGACUGACGCUUGAGAGGCACGGAAACAUCUCAGCUCGCAGAGAGACACGCAGAGACUUAGAGAAACAUACACAGCGACUCAGGAUUGACUGUAAUACGAACGCUGGCACAAGUAUUUCGCCACAAAGUCCCUCGUUCAGUUUACAAGCACUUUGCGUUGCCUAACCUCUCAAGUGGCGGUGUAUACUUCAGUUCUCGCCUGUGUCUUUCGUGACCUGCGUCCCCGCGUGUCCCAGCAGCAGCCAUGGGGCAGGACGACAAGUACGCCAUCUCCAUGAGGGACUUCUUCAAGGGUCUCAAUGCCCGCCUCGCUUUCGCCAUCUCCGCGGCAGCCUUCGGGUCAGCCUUCCAGCAUGGCUACAACCUCGGCGUCAUCAAUAACCCGCAGACUCUGAUGGAGGAAUGGAUCAACAGCACGUACUAUGACCGCUACGAUGAGCCCAUGACGGAGCAGAAAAUCACCUUCAUCUUCUCCAUCAUCGUGUCCAUCUACUGCGUGGGCGGCAUGAUCGGCGGGGCCCUCACUGGCCUCUUCGCUGAAAGGUUAGGCCGUAAGGGUGGACUGCUCAUCAACAACGCCUUCGCCCUCGUCGCCGCCGUGCUCUUCGGGUUCUGCAAGAUGGCUGGUUCCUACGAGAUGCUGAUCGCCGCUCGCUUCGUCAUCGGUAUCAACAACGGUCUGAACGCUGGUCUCUGCCCCAUGUACCUGUCUGAAAUCGCCCCCGUCAGUCUUCGCGGCGCCAUCGGUACCGCCUACCAGCUGGUGCUCACCAUCUCCAUCCUGAUUUCUCAGAUCAUGGGCCUGGAUAACCUUCUCGGCACGGAGUCUCUGUGGCCCAUCGCCCUGGCCCUCACUGGUAUCCCGGCCAUCUUCCAGCUGCUCGCCCUGCCUGUCUGCCCUGAGUCACCCAAGUUCCUGCUCAUCACCAAAGACAAGCCCAUGGACGCCCAGCGAGCUCUGACUUGGCUCCGCAACACCAAUGACGUGCAGACCGAGAUGGGCGAGAUGCGUAACGAAGCCGAGGCCUCCAAGCUGGUGCCUUCCGUGUCCUUGCGUGAGAUCACCAUGAACCCUACCCUGCGCAUCCCGCUCGUCAUCUCCGUCAUGAUGAUGGUGGCCCAGCAGCUCUCCGGCAUCAACGCUGUCAUCUUCUUCUCCACGGAGAUCUACAAGUCCGCCGGCCUGAACACUGACGCCGCCCUGCAGGCCACCAUUGCCAUGGGCGCCAUGAACGUGCUCAUGACCUUCGCCUCCCUGGUCAUGGUGGAGAAGUUUGGCCGCAAGACCCUCAUGCUGGUUGGUCUGAGCGGCAUGCUGGUGGACGUGUUCCUGCUCUUCAUCUGCCUGCUGUACAAGAACUCACACGUGGUUGUUGGUUACCUCUCCAUCUUCCUGGUCAUCUUCUUCGUGGUCAUGUUCGCCACCGGUCCAGGUUCCAUCCCUUGGUUCUUCGUAACGGAGCUCUUCGCCCAGAACGCCCGCCCCACCGCCUCCUCCAUCGCUGUGGCCGUCAACUGGACCGCUGCCUUCAUCGUCGGCAUCGGUUUCCUGCCGCUCAAAGAGCUGAUGGGUCCCUUCGUGUUCAUCAUAUUCGUGGUGCUGCUCAUCCUGUUCAUCCUCUUCACGUGGUUCAAGGUUCCUGAGACCAAGGGCCGCUCCAUUGACGAGAUCACCUCCAUCUUCAAGCAGACAGCAUACGGCGACAGCAGAGUCUGAGAGCCCCACGUGAUCCUCAGUUGAGUUCCCCCUUCCCCUUGAAGAAAACUGUGUUGUUGGUUCAUUUACUCACCGCUGCUGUUGGUGUACAUAGUGUUGCGGGCUACAUAGGUGUUUCUGGGUGCUGGCGAGUGUAAUGUUGCAGUGGGUGGCGGUGUAGCGCCUCUAGCCGCCCAUACACCGCAUUGCACGGCCGCGCCUCGCCAGUUUAUCACGCUGAUGUGUAAAAGACAUAAAGCAAAAGCAGAUUUAAUUGUGUGUGUAUCUUUUGGCACUGAGCAACGCAGCGUGUUUCAGAAAGAGAUAACACCUUCCUUUUAAGAGUCUUUUUCACUAUUACCAUUAUUGUUAUUAUUGUUAUUAUUAUUAUUAUUAUUAUUAUUAUUAUUAUUAUUAUCAUCAUCUGUUAACUGAAAGCGAUGAGGACUUUCUUUUCUUUUUUUUUCAUUAUUAUAAUUUCGUCACGUAAAGUUCAAAUGAAAAGAUGCGACCUUUCUUUUCUAUCUCUUCUGUUUUCCGUCAAGUACGGUCAAGAUUAGAGAUUCACAAAACAAAAAGACUAAAAAAAGAAAAAAAAAGAGAGCGAAUGGAGGCUGGGUCUAAGGGUAUCGGUUCGCCCCGCGCGCCGCCUCCGUCAUUAUCAGAGAGUCUCCUUCUGAUGCGGGAAAUUCCUUCGUGAGCCGCUACCGUGAUAGGGAACAGUCGUAGAUUUAAUGAUUUGAGAUUCGUACACUAUUCUUCCCCAAUAUGUUCUCUCCAUCACGACCGCCUCUUCACUGUGUCUUGUUCCUUCACAUUUACCUAAAACCUAAGACCGUUGCUGCCUGCCGGUGUGAGCAGCGCAACUUGUCCCUGUUUGCUAAAUGUCGUGCCUGUGGUGUUGGUACUGAGCGCAGACAGAGUGACUGACGCUCGACUCCUGCUGGUCUCUGGUCUGCGGGAGUUAGUUUACCGAGUUACCAAAAGAGGAAGAGAAGUAAGAGUGAAGCAGGAGUGAGAGAGAGGAUGUGUAGACGCGUUGCUUCGUUGUGAGUUGGUGAGAUGAUGGUGAAUAAGGUGAUUGUUGCUUCCACGUUCAGAAUUAAGAAGAUAUUCGGUCUCUUUCUGUGUGCGUUGCCAAAGAGAGAGAGAGAGAGAGAGAGAGACAUGCGGUUCGGUCUCUUUUGGCCAUGUAUGUGUGUACGUACGUGUGUGGGGGGGAGACGAUGAGACCUCAGUGUUUUGUAUUAAUCUGAGACACAAACGUAAUGAUUAGCUAUGACCAAAAACCAUUGACAAUAUCUUGAUGUAGAAACAAGAAAAGUCACUCUGUCUAGAUUUUAUAUUGCGGAUCCUUCCUUCCUUCCUUCCUUCCUUCCUUCCUUCUUCCAUUUGCCAUUCUUUUCCUUCAUCUUACCAUCCUUUCAUUUCUUAAUGUUUAUCUUCUUUGCUUGCUUCCCAUCCCCGUAUCUUUCUUUCUUCCAUCCCUUCUGUUUUCCAUCUUUCACGUUUUUCCUCCUUUCCUCUUCCUUGCACCAAUGUCUCCUCUUCAAGGCGGGAGGAAGAGAGCUGUGUGGAGUGUAUCGUGUCGUGUCGUAGGGUUAGUCUUGUUGCUGGUUCAGAUAUUUACAAUAAUCAUAUCAUGUGAUCGGUGUCUCUUUAAGUGUUGGUCUUGAAAUGGUGUCAGAGGGACUUAUGGAGGUCAGUCAGUGGUCGCGGCGGCAUUGCACAGUGGUGGCGCCGUGACAGGUGUGGCAAUGAAGCUGUCAUGCAGGUGGCAGGGGUAGGAGACCGCCACGGAAAGCAAGGUUAGAGAGUAAAUAAGAAUAACCAAGUAACCUUCAUCUCUUGUACAGACAGUUUGCGUUUUCUCGUUUUCGUUCGCGUUAUGAUCCGUUGUUGUUCUCUUCCUCAGUUUUUCUCUAUUAGUUCCGGCUCGCGAGUGUUCCCGGGAUGUGUCAGGCCUUAUUUAUAUUUGAGGAUACAUUCCCGGCACCUCGUAGGUCGUGAUGCGAGAGAGAGAGACGAGGAGAAAAGAAGCACUUGGUUGGCCUGUAUUCCCAAACGUUUCGGAGUCUUUUCUCGACUUGCUGUAGGCUCGAGUGGAGGCUAUUGGGGUUUUCAAGCGUGUUUUCAUCAUACUAGCGAUAGUUUAACAGGGGUUAUGCAUCACCAACAGGAAAUAAAGUCAACGGGAACCCGAAGAAUGAUCUCUGUGGCCUUUGAAAAGUCUUCGUGAGAGAACCAAGCGCUUCAGAAUAUGAGCCUUCCUGUAAAGCCGCACGGCUUGAGAUGAGGAGAGAACGCUUGAGAGUUAGUUAUUGUUUCCUCCACCCUUGUCUAAAGGCAAGACCAGCCAGCCCACCCUUACCCUUGCACUGAACACGGGAGCACAGAAGUCAGCCAUUGUAUAAAGACCAAAGGAAGAAUAAUCAAAUAUGGUUUUUAUACAGAAGCGAUUCGAUAGUUAUUUUUGUAUAUCUCACCAGCCCUCAGUAUGCGUCCUCGUCCAUUGCACUGAAGAUAUUAUAGGAAAGUUUUAUUUUCUACGUAGUAGUUGUAGGACGUCCUCAGUGCGCCAAUGGACCAAGGAGGCAAUGAUACUGACCGAGUGUAGUAGAAGCCUCCACGCCAAAAAAAACACUCCAACAUUGCUUGAAAUACUCUUAGACGUAACGAACGGCUCUACCCGACGCUUGAGGCUUAGAACGUACAGUCCCGGACACCAGUCAUGCACCGCGGCACACACACGCACUUCCCCGGUGAUCAGCGUCUCUCCCGUGGUCCUGGUUCCUCUGGUGACCUAGACAUGUAUCGCCUGUCAUGUUUUGGUUGCAUAACUAUCAGUAUAUCUGUUAGUAUACCGGAGAGCUUAAGACUGAGGGAAGAUACCAAACAAUGAGGGUGAGUGUGACGGGCGAAGGACUUGUGGCGGCGACUGUACACAUGUAACGCUUUCCAUAGACUCGUGUGACUGACUGAACGUGUGUCGCGUUUCAUCAGUUCCUUGGAUCUGAACAACUCAAGUUUUAAUGAUAUCGAUUCACCAAACCAUAUUAGUUCAUGAGUUUACCAGAAGUAUGUGUUGAUCAGGUGAAAUUGUGCACUUUGACAAUUGUUUUUUAAUCUUUGUCGAGUUGCGAAGACGAGUAAUUUUUUGCUGAAUUGAGUGUAAGGGAGGGAAGAGAUGAGAGUGGAGUGAGGUGUCAAGCUUCCACUGUACCAAGGUGACAGGAACCUCUGUAGACUGUACUUUGUAUGGUCUUGUGAACGUAACUCAACUGCGUACACCUGCUUCCUGUGUGUGUGUGUGUGUGUGUGUGUGUGUGUGUGUGUGUGUGUGUGUGUGUGUGUGUGUGUGUGUGUGUGUGUGUGUGUGUGUGUGCGUGCUGUAGGUCAGGUCGUCUUGUGAUGCCAAAUGGGAUCGAAUGUUCCGCGAAGGUUUCUUUUUAUAUUUUCUUUCUUUUUUUCCACGCCAUCGUUUGCAGGAGGGAUUAAGUGGCCUUGAGGCUUUGUUCUUCAGUUUAGUUUAGAUAGAUAUUCAUUCCUAUCUCUCUCUAGUCAAGUGUAUUUACCAGUGAGGAUGUGCCCCGCCCCUCGUCUCCGCGUCCCUGCACCGCGACGCGAGACUCUCAGUGACUGGUUCACUACCACUACUAUCGUGUUUGUCAUUGCCAUCAUGUGAACUUCAGUGUUGUCAUUAAGUAAGGAAAAAAUGUGUUGCCUAAAAAAUCACUAUGAAGUAAUUUGUAAUGUGGUGGACUUAUUGAUCUAUCGUCUGUAUUCUGUUUUUCUCCUGUGGGAAGAUGUUUUAUAAGAUACACUGUAAAAGUUACUUUUAUGAAGUAUUGUACUUGAUGCAUGAGAGACGUGCCGGGACAGAAAGGGCUGUGUGUGUGGCUCACCCCGCCUACCCGCCCGCCAGGCAGCGAUGUGUGGCCCGCAGAGCGACACACCACGCUAUGGCCGCCACACACACACACACAUACUGUACAAUGUAUAAAGUAUUGGGUGUGUGUUGGCCAUGCUGGUGGGUCAAGCCUCCCUGCUGAGAUUACACUGAGAAGGGUGUGUGUGUGUGUGUGUGUGUGUGUGUGUGUGUGUGUGUGUGUGUGUGUGUGUGUGUGCGCGGCGUUGAGUGGGAGUGGAUCGCAGCCUGCGUGUUGUUGCUGUUGUGGCUGACAGGAGCACCGCUGCCCUGUCUCCACAGCACACCGCCGCCGCAGCGGGUGCCCCACGCCGCCACGCCCUCGCUGUGCCCGGUCUGGUAUAGAGUUAUUGGUUUUCUUUACUGGUUAGUGUUUAAAUUACGUUAAGACACGUCAGCAGUUAUGUUUAUGUGGCAUUGUUUGUACAUAAGACAGAUUGUAUCAUGUUUAUAGUAUUUUUAUUAAAGUUAACACAUUAUUUUUCUGUUGAGGUAUCAGAAGUGUAGUGUCGUGGGGGGCGUGGCGUCAACUUGGCCGCGCUCCCCGCUAAGUCUGGCUGUGUUCACAUAUACACUAUUUUCAUUGCUGUGUAUGUAGUCACUUGUUUUGUAUAAGCAGAAGACACAGUAAAUGCAUUAUGCCAAGGCAAAGAUGACGUAUACUGUAGUGUUUCACCAUGACCAUUACUUCAUCCUUUCAUUAACUAUCAUUCACGUUAGUUUUAUGGCCUUUUUUUUUUUUUUUUUCUUUUUUCUUUUUUCUUAAUGGGCAGAGUUUUGAGGUAUUUUAGUUUAGUUUAUAAAGAUGUAGUGCAUAACUAUACAUAUAUAUUUCUAGCUGUCGCCCAUCAACAUCUUUUAUGUAAAGUGAUUGGAAGUAAAAAUAAAGCUAAAUGUUA